GGGGCGGGGAUGCAGCGGGGCAGAACGGCGGAGCCUGCCACUUAUUCCCCGGCGGCGGGUGACGCUGAAGCUCAGCGGCAGGUGCCGGCUGCGGGAGCCCAGGCUGCCUCCCACCCCCCAGCCCCGAGCCGGGCUCCUCCAAAGACCACACCACCAAAGGGAAGGAGACGCUGGCCGAGACACCAUGCGUGAGUGCAUCUCUAUUCACGUUGGCCAGGCUGGAGUUCAGAUAGGAAACGCGUGUUGGGAACUCUUCUGUCUGGAGCAUGGCAUUCAGCCAGAUGGCACCUUCAAGGAACCGCAUGAUAAAGUCAACAAUGAUGACUCUUUCACCACAUUUUUCAACGAAACAGUCACUGGGAAGCAUGUGCCACGAGCUGUAAUGGUGGACCUGGAACCAACCGUAGUAGAUGAAGUGCGGGCUGGCAUCUUCCGGGAACUUUUUCAUCCAGAACAGCUGAUCACUGGAAAGGAAGACGCAGCAAAUAACUACGCCCGCGGCCACUACACCAUCGGCAAAGAAAGCAUUGAUAUGGUGCUUGAUCGUGUCCGUAAGCUGACUGAUGCCUGUUCUGGGCUGCAAGGAUUCCUGAUCUUCCACAGCUUUGGUGGAGGUACCGGCUCUGGCUUCACCUCCUUACUGAUGGAACGCCUCUCCGUGGAUUAUGGAAAGAAGUCCAAACUGGAGUUUGCCAUCUACCCAGCCCCUCAGGUCUCCACCGCUGUGGUGGAGCCUUACAAUUCCAUCCUGACCACGCACACCACCCUGGAGCAUUCGGACUGUGCCUUCAUGGUGGAUAAUGAGGCCAUCUAUGACAUCUGCCGCCGAAACCUGGACAUCGAGCGCCCCACUUACACUAACCUCAACCGCCUCAUCAGCCAGAUUGUCUCCUCCAUCACCGCCUCGCUGCGCUUCGACGGUGCCCUCAAUGUGGAUCUGACGGAGUUCCAGACAAACCUGGUGCCCUACCCACGCAUCCACUUCCCCUUAGUGACCUACGCCCCCAUCAUCUCCUCUGACAAGGCCUAUCACGAGCAGGUCACGGUGGCUGAAAUCACCAACUCCUGCUUUGAGCCCAACAACCAGAUGGUGAAGUGUGACCCAAGACAUGGGAAAUACAUGGCCUGCUGCAUGCUCUACCGAGGUGAUGUAGUUCCCAAAGACGUCAACGUAGCAAUUGCUGCCAUCAAGACCAAAAGAACUAUCCAGUUUGUCGACUGGUGUCCAACAGGCUUUAAGGUGGGGAUCAACUAUCAGCCUCCUACAGUAGUCCCUGGCGGAGACCUAGCCCAGGUUCAGCGAGCAGUCUGCAUGCUGAGCAACACCACGGCCAUUGCAGAGGCUUGGGCAAGGCUUGACCACAAGUUUGAUCUGAUGUACGCCAAGAGAGCUUUCGUGCACUGGUAUGUGGGUGAAGGCAUGGAGGAAGGAGAAUUUGCAGAGGCCCGAGAAGACCUGGCUGCCCUGGAGAAAGACUAUGAGGAAGUGGGAACUGACUCAUUUGAAGAAGAAAAUGAUGGGGAGGAAUUUUAAAAUACACUUUGUUCUCAGUGAGCACAGAAUUGUCUGUGUAUUGCACAUGUCUAACAUUAGGUCACCUUUUUUGUAUGUAAUAUACAGAAAUUUAAGAGGGGUCACAAAGAGACAUCUUUUAUUCUAUAAAUCUGAGAUAAAUC